AUGCGAGGAGGUGGAUAUACGAACCGAGCCCCAUCUAUGGGGGGUGAACCAUACCAAGGAGCUAUGAUGCAACAACCGUUUGGAAGUCAGUAUGGUAUUCAGGGAUAUGAUAAUCUCGAUAACUACGGCGGUGGUUCUUAUAAUAUGGGAUAUGCAGAAAAAAUGAAUGGUAAUUCUUUUCGACAAAAUGGAUACCCAUAUGACAAAAACAAUGAUCCCUACCCAGGUAUGAAUAGAAUGGGUAGUGGUAUGGGAGGUGCUUUUGGUUCUUAUGGUAUGAACAGCAUGGGCGGUUUUGGAAGUAUGCAAGCAUCCAUGUGCCGUAUGAAUGAACCUCCACCGGUGAUAUACAAACUCUUCUCCAGUCGUCGUGACAGGUUUGGUUUGUCAUCUAACCGUGACUUCCAUGCCCGUCAUUCUCAGUUAAGUUUGUACGGCAUCGGAAACCGUGGAUCAUCAAUAAAUAAUUCCGCUAUGGGAUCAGCCUUUGAUCGCGAUGUGCCAUCAGCAACUAAAGAUACAGGAUUUUCUACGAAAUAUGAACCGAAAAAGAGUGGUACUUACGGUACAUCUCCUGCUAAGGCGGGUGGGUCUUUCAGUGCAACUCCUGCUAAGGCAUCUACUCCAAGUGUAUAUGAACGAGCCCCAGCCACAUCGGGCAAAAGUGUCUCUACGUCCACUGAUAAGCAGCCUUAUGAUAAGCAACCCAGUGAGAAGCGGUACGUGAGCAAACGACCAUUAAGUCCAACUGCCCGUACUUUUGAUUAUGAUGGAGCCACUGACGCUGAUUCAAAGACCAGAAGGAAAUCCUCAGGUGUCCGCGAAGUCGUAUCACGACCAUCCGCCAUCGCGGAAUCAAGAAGCACUGAUAAAGGUGCACGAGGUGAUAAGGUUGCAGAACGUGGGAGAACCGCAGAGCGUGAGAAACCUGUCCAACGUGAGAUGCCCGCAGAGCGUGAAGCACCUGUCAGGCGUGAGAUGCCCGCAGAAACUGAACAGAGAAAGACUACAGAAGAAAGAAGACCGCAAGAAAGAUCAGAGGUGUCAAUUCCUCUCUCGAGGGAAGAGUCUGUGGCGGAGCAGAAGCCUGCAAGUGUUACCAGCGCCUUUGGUGAUAUUGUUGAUAAAAGUGCAGUACUUGAACAAAGUCAAUAUGAACCGUCGCAAUCACGGAUUCAAUCAAAUACGCAUUCGCAACGCGGUUCAUUGCGUCGUCGUUCAUCAGUUGGUCGCCCGCGCACUGCGAGUAUGAUCAGUAUGUCUAUUGCUGAAUUCCCUGAAGGUGAUGAGAUGAAGGAUAUUCUUGAUGCUGGAAUAGUUGGAACCAGGAGAGCAUCAUCAAUAAUGGACCCUGGAGCUGCCGGACAUAGAAGAACUAGUAGUAUAUCAGCAAAGGCAUACGAUGGACAAACAAGUGUUUCCCGUCAAGAAGGAGGAGGGACUAAGGAUGAUGAGCAAAAAGCUGAGGAAUAUCGUAAACGACUUGAAGAACGCAAAAGCAUUGAUCAAAAACUCAGAAGACAAAGUGAAGUUGCGCUACAGCAACGACAAGAACGAGAGCAAACACAACGAGAAGAACGCAAAAAGUUUGAUGAUGAAAUGAAACGUAAGAAUGAAGAAGAACGUGAACGGCGAAAGGCAGAAGAACGGAAACGCUUUGAAGAGGCAAGAAGCCUCGAACAGAAGCAAGAAGAAGAGCGUAUCAAAAAUCUUCUUGCACAUUCUGAGGUGGGACCCACAGAGCCAGAAACAGGGGAGCGACGUUCAGUUGUGCGCAGAAACAGCCGUACUCGCCCAUCAACGCGUAUAAAUUCAAUGUUGGGGGCAAUUCCGGAACAACCGCCUGAUGUGGAGGCUGGUGCUGUGAAGGAUGUGCUGGAUGACGCCCUACCAGUAGCUAGACAUAGCGUAGAUAUGACCCAUGGUCGCAAAAGCAUUUCUCAUCCUGAGGGACCUCGAAGAAGCAUUGCGUCUGCUGGGGAUGCUGGACAUCGUCAACAAGAAGAUAAAAAGCGGCAACAAGAGGAACAGAGAAGACAAGAAGAAGAGAGGAGACGGCACGAGGAACAGAGAAAGCAACAAGAAGAGGAACAGAGGAGACGGCACGAGGAACAGAGAAAGCAACAAGAAGAGGAACAGAGGAGACGACACGAGGAACAGAAGAGGAAAGAAGAAGAAGCAAAGAGACACCACGAAGAAGAAAAGAAGCCAGAGGGAGGGGAAGUACAACAACAAGAACAACAUCAACAUCAUUCUCAGGAGAGUCAAAAACAACAAGAAGAACAUCAACAUCAUUCUCAAGAGAGUCAAAGACAACAAGAAGAACAUCAUCAUCACGAUGAACAACAGAAAGAUCCAAAGAAGUCUAACCCCAUUAAGACCCUUGUACUCCUGGAGAAAAAUCCACGGCCGUCAAAAACUCUCACCGCGGAAGGGAACAGUUUCACAUACCGUGGAGUAAAGCAUGAAGCCACGGAAGUUGUAUUUCGGGAUCCGAAGAGUAUGUCAUACCAUUCUAAUAUUUUCAGCACUAUUAAAAGUGUUGUAUGUGAUGGUUUUAAUUCUUCCAUUGUUUCUGUGGAGGCGCCUAAUACUGGUAGAGUUUUUGAGUCUCCUGUAUGGACUGGACUUACCCGCAUUGUACGCGGUGUGAUGCAGAGGUCUGAAACCAAACCAGAGAACCGAACCGAACUUGCUGCAGCGUUUGGUUUUAUUCAUAAAGACAAGGUGCGAGAUCUCAUUGUCGAAAACAGUAACUUUGAGCAACUAUUGGUUCACCCAUCGCCUAUAUAUGGUCCUCGCAUUCCACAACUUCGCUACAACCCUAUUUCUUCUCCCUCAGCAUUUGAAGAAAUGAUGGCUUCUGCCUUGCGUCGUUCCAGUGCCGAUCCUAUUCUUUCCUCAAUGGAUGGUGUAGCAGUUGCCCUUUUACUCUCUAAACAGUAUUGUUUGACAACCAAUGAGGCUGGUGAAAAGACAUACGAUGUACUCUUGUCCUCCCUCGUUGUGGCAUCAACUGGAAGUGAUACGUUGCCCUAUGAAUCUGCACUCGCCCGUGUUCGGAACGAGUAUAGCAUGCUGUUUCAUCUCCUGCUUGGUGGGCCAUGCUUUACGUGCUUUAUGCUGAAUCUUUCUUUGGGAGAAGAAGAAGCAUCCCAUCAAGAAGUUCUGGAUAGGCUUAUCGCGCUUCACGAUAAAAUGCACUCAUCCUACAACUAUCCAUUACGUAAUGGGUCGGUUAUGAGGUUUGUGAAGUAUGUAGAAACUGCUAAUAAAGAGGGAAGGGAGCGUGUGAAGAAUGAACAAAAUCCAGAGAAACGUGCCAAACUUGAGCGCUACGUGCAGGAACAGGCCCGAUUGCUGAGCGAUGCAGGAAAAAUGUUGGAAGAGGCACGUGAAGUUAUGACUGCAGCACCGUCCUCCGCACAGCGCUAA